GCUGUUGUGAGAGACAUCGCACUCCGUACUCAGCAGUAGUUCGCACGUAAUCUCGACUGCAGUGUCUGUGUUGUCAUAGGUAAGAGGAGUUUGUUACGAGAGGCUGAAGACUUUAAAGGUGGACAUUUCUUUAAAACGAGCUUUGCUACUACAGGAGAUAUGUUGGUGUCGUAUUUUUGAGGGACGACUCUCUGGUGAAUUAUUGUGGACAGAUUACUUCAUUCUUUGGAAAUUAUUAACCAGGGGGACACAAGAGAAUGACUACCUCGGGCAGUCGGGCCGAGUUCCUCGCUGUGGACGCCCUAGGAUCGACCUCCGACAUCAAAUAUGACCGCACCGGGGGCUGGUUCGUCUCCACUCGGAGGGCGCUCCUCCUAGGUCUUCUCGCCAUUGCCUCUAUGGUUCUUGUUGGCGUUUUGGUUCACUAUCUGGACACGUGCAGAGGAUUAAGAACGGGUACAGAGUUGAUCUCAGUAACAGAAGCAUCCGUGGCCACACCGAAUACACCAAAAGAUGGCGCGGAGUCAUCCAUCUCGGCAGCCGAAUUGCGUCUUCCAAAAGACGUGACACCGUCGCACUAUCGAUUGAGACUGGAGCCGUACCUGGAGGACGCUGAUCCAGACGGAAAGAACUUCACGUACAACGGACACGUGUCCAUCACAAUCCAGUGUCACAGGACAACGAACAGAGUUUCGAUCCACGCAAAGAACCUGGACAUCGGAAAGGAUGUCAAGGUCGCCGUGGCAGCUCCGCGAAACAGUGGCGCCACCUCUGAAACAGCUGUGAGGACGCUUGCAAACACCACACCGAAUCCGAUUACCACGACACCUGGUGGACUGAGACGGAAACGAAGCCUCACCAGGAAUCAUCACCGACGUCGCCAGAGGACAGUGACUUCGACAGCACCUCCGGGCUUGCCUCCCCGUGUGACGGGAUGCGUCCCGGAAGUCAGGAAAGAGAUGUACGUUAUCAGCGUGGAGCCAUCUCUGGAGCCUGGGCUCACCUACACCCUGGACAUUCCGUUCAAGGGGUUACUGAAGGAAUCUUUGUACGGGUUCUACCGGAGCAGCUACAAGGACGAGAAUGACACCAAAAUAUGGAUGGCUCCGACGCAGUUCGAACCCACGCACGCCAGGGAAGCUUUUCCUUGCUUCGACGAGCCCGCCAUGAAGGCCAGAUUCGAGAUCAGCAUCGCCCGUCGUCGAGACGACAUGAUCACCCUGUCCAACAUGCCCGUCAGAGUCACCGAGCCCAUCGAGGGCCAACCCGGUCGUGUUUGGGAUCACUAUGAGAUCACCCCCAAAAUGUCCACGUACCUGGUGGCCUUUAUCGUGGCUCGCUCCGACUUCAUUCCGACAAAUGACACUGGGGCCACUUACCUGAACCCCAGGUCUCGGAACACGACCGUCCCCGAGUUCAGGGUGUACGCCAGAAGGCAGCUGAUCCAGACCGCUCAAUACGCUUCGUCCAUCGGACCGAGGGUCCUCGACUUCUACGGCGAAUACUUCGGAAUGCCCUACCCGCUACCGAAGCUACACAUGGCGGCCAUACCAGACUUCUCCUUGGGGGCAAUGGAGAACUGGGGGCUCCUUACCUACAGGGAGACGAACUUGCUGUUCGACUCGAAGAGUUCUUCAAUGUCGUCCAAGGAAGGGGUGGCCAUCGUGGUGGCGCACGAAUUAGCCCACCAAUGGUUCGGCAACCUGGUGACCAUGAAAUGGUGGAAUGAUCUUUGGUUGAAUGAAGGAUUCGCCACGUACAUGGAGUACUUGGGGUCAGAUCACGUAGAACCAAGUUGGGCGAUGAUAGACAAGUUCCUGGUUUACGAGCAGCAACCUGCUAUGGCUCUAGACGGCCUCCGAUCCACCCACCCAGUGUCCACGACGGUUGACAACCCAAGCCAGAUCUCUGAAAUAUUCGAUUACGUAUCGUACAGUAAAGGUGCAUCGCUGAUACGAAUGCUGAACAACAGCCUAACGGAGGAGGUCUUAAGGAAGGGAUUAACACGCUACUUAAAUAAAUGGAAGUACAGUAACGCAGAAGAAAACGAUUUGUGGCAAGUUCUGACGGAGGAGACUCUCGUGUCCCGAGAGUCGUCCUUGCCGGACAAUGUGACAGUCAGGCAGGUGAUGGACACUUGGACGCUUCAGGAUGGCUACCCGGUUCUCUCUGUCACGCGAGAUUACGACGAUGGAUCAGCCAACCUCUCGCAGACUCGAUUCACGUUGGACAAUUCGUCAUCAGACACGACGUGGUAUAUUCCGGUGAGCUAUGUUACUCAGAAUGAAAUGAACGAUGCUGCCAACUCUAGCAGGAGAACUUUCCCAAGAAUAUGGCUUAAGAAAGAACCAACAACGGAGGUUCAUGAUCUGACGAAGAAUAAUUCCUACGAUACCUGGGUGCUCUUUAACAUUUAUGCCACAGGUUACUACAGAGUGAACUACGACACUCGUAACUGGGGCCUCCUGCCAGCAGUUACCAGAGCUCAACUCCUAGACGACGCCCUGAACCUCGCCCGGGCGGGAAUCUUGGGCUAUGACGUUGCUCUCAAUAUGACCCAGUACCUCGCAACCGGGGAAAAUCAUUAUGUCCCGUGGACAGCCGCCUUUGAGAACUUCAAGUUCCUGGAUCUGGUUCUUCGUCAGACCACGGCGUACGGAUGCUUUCAGAAAUACAUUCUUAAGACACUGGCAGCAGUGACGGAAAGUCUGGGAUUCGAAGCCACGACCACCGAGACGCAGCUGCAAUCUCUUUUACGCCCAGAUAUCCUCGCGUGGUUGAGUAAGAUGGACGACCCCGAGGUCGUCAGAUGGGCGAAGAACCUCUUUCAGCUGUGGACCACCUCUUCGAAGCCCGACACUGAAAACCCGGUCCGUGUCGACGUGAGGGGUGUGGUGUACUGCACAGCUGUGAAAACGGGUGGCACACAAGAGUGGGAUUUCGUCCUGAAGAGGUACUUGGCGGCGGCGAACAGACCCUCCGAGUCAGACGUGCUUCUGAUGAGCCUCGCGUGUUCCCGACAGGAGUGGCUAAUCGUCACUUUGCUGGAGAAAUCUCUUGAGAGUGGCGGGGAGAUUCGGCUCCAAGACGUUUCCAGACUGUGGGACAACAUGGCUUCCAGAGACCUCACAUCCAGAGUGGCUUUCCGCUACAUCCAGAACAAAUGGAGCUCGAUCUUCGAGAAGUAUGGUAAAGACGAGUAUCUCAUGGGCGAUAUUCUUCACGGUGCAAUUUCUGGACUCAGCACAGAGUUUGACCUCACAUACGUCAGAGAGUUUUACAGAGCAAACAAAGGGAAGUUUAGUUUUGCUGAGAGAAAAAUUGAACAGGAGUUGGAAGGCCUGGAGCUGCGAGUGGGUUGGCACAACAGAAGCUACGGGACUGUGGCGUCGUGGCUGCAGGACCACCAGGGGGGACAGAAAGUGAAGAGGGAGUGACAGCGAUGUCUCCAGUCCACUACGAGCGACGAUGGAUCUGACUUCAUGUUACGUGCGUCUUUCGGGACGGGAGAGUGUUUUGUUUUUUUGUGUUCUUAAAAUGGCGGACGAACAACGACAGCUGUUUACAAGGACGAGGGGUUAAGAGGCUCCGUAGUUAAAGAUUACGAAACAUUCUGGACAGACAUCGUCGGUCAGCUUGAUCAGUGAUGCAAAAAAUGGACAGAAGUGGUUUACCCUCACAUAAUUUCUCGUUUUUCAUUUUAAGUAAGCAAAACCCCUUAAGUCCUUCCACUUCCCUUUAAAAAAAAUUAUGACAAAUUUGUCAAAUCUAAAACUUCUUGACGAUGGUGAAGAGUCAAUUGAAUAAACAUUUUCUUGGAUAUUAUCCAUCGUCUAGUAAAAUAUAAAACGUAAAACGACGUUUCGGAGAUGGGACUCUAUCUCCGAAACGUCGUUUUACGUUUUAUAUUUACUAGACGAUGGAUAAUAUCCAAAAAUUUUUUAUUCAAAUUACAAAUUUGUCGUUGAACUCCUUCUUGUCAAUGAUUAAAAGUGGAUAUACAUCGUGUCGCGUAAUUAUUAUUGUAAAAAUAAAUAUUCAUUAAAAAACUGUGGUAUAUUCAGAAAAUGGGAAAAAAAUAAGGUAUUCACAGGGUGAUCGUAUUUCGUCGUUUAUACUCAUGGUCACCGCUGCAGACAAGCAGAGGUCGAAGCACCAGUGAACAAGCCACCGAGCUGUCAGGACUGACGUGGAGUAAUUCAAGCAUUAACCAGCAGAACGAUAAACUUGAAAGCAAACCACUAUUCAAACAAAAAUGUCCAUUUUAUUCACGUAACUGGAAUGAACGCCAUUUGGCGCUGAUAAGGGAAUACAUUUUUCGUUGCAUUACUUUA